AAAUUCACCUACUGAGCAAAAAUGUCAAGCGACAGUGACGAAGAUGAGCUCUUACAAAUGGCAUUGCAGGAGCAAUCAACUGGUAAGAAGCCGUCAGAGCCACCACCGAAGCCGAAGCCGAACUCGAGGAGCGGCGGCAGAAGAGCGGGAAGUAUGGAUGCGACGCCGAACAGAAAGGUGCAGCAGAAGCAUAGUAAGGGAGUGGACGAGGAAGAAGACGAUUCGGACUUAGAAAUUCUCAGCAUUUCGUCUGGAGACGAGGAUCACGCAUCCUCGAAGAAGGAAAGUAAGGGUGCCUCGAAAAGAAGGGCUCCGAAAGCUGGGAAGGAUGAUGAUGAACACUGGCAAGGUGGUGAACCUGAUUGCUGGAAACGCGUUGAUGAAGAUGAGCUAAGACGUCAUGUUCGGGACAUGAGGGAGGCUAGAGCAAUUCCAGCCACUCAAAUUAAGGCUGAGGAGGAGAAGAUGGCAUUGGCAAAGAAGGCACUUCAGAGUUUGCAGUCUUUCCCUCGUGGCAUGGAAUGCAUAGAUCCUCUAAGAUUGGGGAUAGUUGACAAUAGAACAUUAAGGAUGAUCAGUGAGCACUCAUCAAGUUCCCCAACUAUAGGCGAAUUAGACCCCAAAACUCGCGAGAGGUUGAAUUAUUUUUCUGAGAAGUUUGACUCAAAAUUGUUUAUAUCCCGAAUCCACCAAGAUACUGGUGCAGCAGACUUAGAGGGAGGUUCUGUUUCUUUGAAGACUGAUCUUAAAGGACGUAUGCAGCAGAAAAAACAAUUGGUCAAAGAGAAUUUUGAUUGUUUUGUAUCUUGCAAAACUACGAUUGAUGAUAUUGAAUCAAAGUUGAGACGCAUUGAGGAAGACCCUGAAGGUUCUGGAACUAAACACUUAUAUGAUUGUAUGCAAGGAGUCAAUUCAAUUGCUAACCGUGCUUUUGAGUCACUAUUUGAAAGACAGGCUCAAGCUGAGAAGAUAAGAUCUGUUCAAGGAACGAUUCAGAGGUUCCGAACAUUGUUUAACUUACCCAGUGCCAUUCGUGAAAGCAUUAGUAAGGGUGAAUAUGACCUGGCAGUCAGGGAGUACAGGAAAGCAAAUUCAAUUGUGCUGCCUUCUCAUGUGGGAAUUUUGAAGCGUGUCGUUGGGGAGGUUGAAAAAGUUAUGCAAGAGUUUAAAGGCAUGCUUUACAAGUCUCUGGAAGAUCCUAAUAUUGACCUGACAAACCUUGAAAAUAUAGUGAGGCUCUUGUUGGAGUUGGAACCUGAAUCAGAUCCUGUAUGGCACUACUUAAAUAUACAGAAUCUCAGAAUUCGAGGCUUGCUUGAGAAAUGUUCUUUAGAUCAUGAAGCUAGGAUGGAGAAUUUACAGAAUGAGAUGAGAGCCAAAGCUUCAUAUGAUGCAAAAUGGAGGCAAAUUCAGCAAGAUAUGAACCAUUCCUCAGACAUUGAUUCGGAACUGUUAGUGAUGACCGGUGAACAAGGUGAUGCUUUUAGAGGAAAAUAUAUACGUAGAUUGACUGCUGUUGUUAUCCAUCAUGUACCUGCCUUCUGGAAAGUUUCUGUUUCGGUGUUCAGUGGGAAAUUUGCAAAGGCAUCCCAGGUGUCUUCUGAUUCAAAUGUCAAUGCCUCUGCAAAGAGAACUGAAGAAAAAGUAGGAGAUGGAAAGUACUGUAGUCAUUCUCUUGAUGAAGUUGCUGGGAUGUUGCAGAGUACUUUAUUAGCUUAUGGAUCCGAGGUUCAGAACACAUUUCGAGAUCUUGAAGAAUCAAACAUUCUUUGCCCAUACAUGAGUGAUGCCAUAAAAGAGAUAUCUAAAGCAUGUCGUGCUUUUGAAGCCAAAGAAUCAGCACCUCCAGUUGCUGUUACGGCAUUGCGCACACUUCAGUCUGAGGUCACAAAAAUCAAUAUAUUGAGGCUCUGUUCUUGGAUGCGUACUACAACUGAGAAGAUAACAAAAGAUGAGACCUGGAUCCCAGUAUCUAUCUUAGAGAGGAACAGAUCUCCAUAUACAAUUUCUUCCUUGCCUCUGGCUUUCCGUUCAAUUAUCACAUUUGCAAUGGAUCAGAUCAAUACAAUGAUCCAGUCUUUGAGGAAUGAGGCUAUGAAGUUAGAGGACAUAUUCUUGCUGCUUCAAGAAAUUCAGGAAUCUGUUAGACUUGCCUUUUUGAACUGUUUGCUUAACUUUGCCGGCCAGCUGGGUCACACUGGCAAUCAGCUUCUGAACGAAUAUGACAGAGAGAGUUCACAUUUUCAAAAUGGACAUGCUGAACCAGAAGAUAAAUCAUUGGAUCCUCUUCCAGGAAGUAUUGUUAAUCCACAUCGACAGUUGCUGAUGGUCGUAAGUAAUAUUGGAUUUUUCAAAGAUGAACUUGCUCAUGAAUUGUACAGCAAGUACAGACGAACUUGGCAGCAGUCGAGGGGCAAGGAUGAAGAGGACGCUGAUAUGCAAGAUCUUAUUGCAUCUUUCUCUGGGCUUGAAGAGAAUGUUCUUGAGCAGUAUACUUUGGCAAAGAGAAAUCUGUUCAGAACAGCUGCUGUAAACUAUUUGUUGGAGAGUGGUGUACAAUGGGGUGCUGCACCAGCAGUUAAGGGAGUACGAGAUGCUGCUGUGGAUUUACUACACACUUUAGUUGCUGUACAUGCAGAGGUCUUUGCCGGUUGUAAGCCUCUGUUGGAUAAGACACUUGGUAUUCUUGUUGAAGGUCUAAUAGACACUUUCUUAAGCCUUUUCCAUGAAAACCAAGAAACAGAUUUUACAGUAUUAGACGUGAAUGGCUUUUGUCAGCUUAUGCUUGAGCUUGAUUAUUUUGAGACCAUAUUGAACACUUACUUUACACAUGAAGCAAGGGAGUCUCUAAAAACUUUACAAGGGGUCCUUUUAGAGAAAGCAACUGAGAGUGUCCCAGAGACUGUUGAGACUCCAAGCCAUAGUCGUCGGCAAACACGUGGAAAUGAUGAUGCACUUCAGGAUGAAAGGCAGCAAGGAGGGACUAUAUCACCUGAUGAUCUGAUUGCUCUUGCGCAGCAGUAUAGUUCUGAGCUACUUCAAUCUGAACUCGAGAGGACACGAAUCAAUACAGCAUGCUUUGUGGAGUCAAUUUCUCUGGAUUCUGUCCCAGAUUCAGCAAAAGCAGCUUAUGCUUCUUUUAGAGGAUCAAUGGAUUCUCCCGGUAGAGGAUCUCAAAGUGUCAGACCCCCAAGCUACUCCAAACAAAGACGCCGAUAAAUUAGAGGUAUCCAUUUUCUUUUC